AUGACAAAAUAUUCCAAAGCUCUUCCUGGUCUCCCUACUUCGUAUGCUGCUUUGCUAAGAAUUAAGAAGCGUUCAUCUUCAUCUCUCUUUGGCUCAAAGACCAGACCACGAUACAGCAGUCCUUCGUUAGGGACACUGAGUGUUUCUUCACCCAGCUGGCGAGGGGCAGCUCAACAUUAUUAUUCCCCCAUCAAUCUUUAUCAUUCCUCAGAUGCCUUCAAACAAGAUGAAAGUGUGGACUAUGGGCCAGUGUUUGUGCAAGAACCGGAUGAUAUCAUUUUUCCUACUGAUUCUGAUGAAAAGAAGGUAGCACUGACUUGUGAAGCUCGUGGCAACCCAGUUCCCAGUUACAGAUGGCUUCAAAAUGGAACAGAAAUAGAUUUGGAGAGUGAUUAUCGUUACAGUUUGAUAGACGGCACCUUCAUUAUAAGCAAUCCAACAGAAGCAAAGGAUUCUGGACAUUAUCAGUGUUUGGCAACCAACACUUUUGGAACUAUUCUUAGCAGAGAAGCUAUACUUCAGUUUGCCUAUCUGGGAAAUUUUAGUGGCCGGACAAGAAGUGCAGUCUCUGUGAGGGAAGGCCAGGGGGUUGUUCUGAUGUGCUCUCCUCCGCCUCAUUCACCAGAGAUCAUCUAUAGUUGGGUAUUUAACGAGUUCCCUUCCUUUGUGGCUGAAGACAGCCGGCGGUUCAUUUCCCAGGAGACAGGCAACCUUUAUAUUUCCAAAGUACAAACAUCAGAUGUCGGGAGCUAUAUUUGUCUGGUGAAAAAUACAGUGACGAAUGCUCGAGUACUUAGUCCUCCGACACCUCUCACGCUACGUGAUGAUGGUGUGAUGGGAGAGUAUGAGCCGAAAAUUGAGGUCCAUUUUCCUUUCACGGUUACGGCUGCUAAGGGAACAACUGUUAAGAUGGAGUGCUUUGCACUUGGCAACCCCGUUCCAACAAUCACAUGGAUGAAGGUUAAUGGUUAUAUUCCCAGUAAGGCACGUCUGCGGAAAUCUCAGGCAGUACUGGAAAUACCGAAUGUGCAGCUGGAUGAUGCAGGCAUAUAUGAGUGCAGAGCUGAAAAUUCACGUGGAAAAAAUUCCUUUCGUGGACAAUUACAAGUAUACACUUACCCACACUGGGUAGAAAAGCUGAAUGAUACUCAGUUAGACAGCGGAAGUCCUCUCCGAUGGGAAUGUAAAGCUAUCGGAAAACCCCGACCCACAUAUCGCUGGCUGAAGAAUGGAGUACCCCUCUUGCCUCAGAGUAGGGUUGAGAUGGUUAAUGGAGUAUUGGUGAUCCACAAUGUGAAUCAAUCAGAUGCUGGAAUGUAUCAGUGUUUGGCUGAAAAUAAAUAUGGAGCCAUUUAUGCUAGUGCUGAGCUGAAGAUUCUAGCUUCAGCUCCCACUUUUGCACUGAAUCAGCUGAUGAAAACAAUAAUUGUUACAAAAGGCCAAGAAGUCGUCAUAGAAUGCAAACCGCAAGGCUCGCCAAAACCAACCAUCUUCUGGAAGAAAGGAGACAAAACAGUUAGAGAGAACAAAAGAAUAGCUAUUCUUCCAGACGGGAGUCUACGAGUCCUAAAUGCUUCUAAAUCAGAUGAGGGGAAGUACGUUUGCCAAGGGGAAAACAUUUUUGGUUCUGCUGAAAUUAUUGCUUCGGUGUCUAUAAAAGAACCCACAAGGAUAGAACUUACUCCUAAAAGAACGGAGUUAACAGUGGGAGAAAGCGUCGUCCUUAAUUGCAAAGCAAUUCACGAUGCUAGUUUGGAUGUGACUUUCUACUGGACUCUAAAAGGACAGCCUAUUGAUUUCGAGAAAGAAGGUGGACAUUUUGAAAGCAUCAGGGCCCAAGCAUCCUCUGCAGAUUUAAUGAUCAGGAACAUCCUUCUGAUGCAUGCUGGGAGAUAUGGCUGCAGGGUACAGACCACAGCAGACAGUGUGUCAGAUGAGGCAGAACUUCUUGUUAGGGGUCCCCCAGGCCCACCUGGGAUAGUGAUUGUUGAGGAAAUCACUGAAAGCACAGCCACACUCUCCUGGAGUCCAGCAGCCGACAACCACAGCCCAAUCUCCUCCUACAACCUGCAGGCUCGUAGCCCGUUCUCCCUGGGCUGGCAAACAGUAAAAACAGUCCCAGAAAUCAUAACAGGAGACAUGGAGUCGGCCAUGGCAGUGGACCUAAAUCCUUGGGUGGAAUAUGAAUUUCGAGUGGUGGCCACCAAUCCAAUUGGGACUGGAGAUCCAAGUACCCCAUCUCGAAUGAUCCGCACAAAUGAAGCAGUUCCAAAGACAGCACCCACCAAUGUAAGUGGAAGAAGCGGAAGAAGGCAUGAGUUAGUCAUCGCCUGGGAGCCAGUAUCUGAAGAGUUUCAGAAUGGGGAAGGCUUUGGCUAUAUUGUGGCUUUCAGACCAAAUGGAACACGUGGCUGGAAGGAAAAAAUGGUGACAUCCUCUGAAGCUUCCAAAUUCAUUUAUCGAGAUGAAAGUGUCCCUCCUCUUACUCCCUUUGAAGUGAAGGUUGGCGUUUAUAACAAUAAAGGAGAUGGGCCAUUUAGUCAAAUUGUGGUCAUAUGUUCAGCUGAAGGAGAACCCAGUGCUGCUCCCACAGAUGUCAAGGCUACAAGUGUGUCUGUGUCAGAGAUCCUCGUUGCGUGGAAAUAUAUUAAAGAGAGUCUAGGAAGACCACAGGGAUUUGAGAUCGGGUACUGGAAAGACAUGGAACAAGAAGAUGCAGCAGAAACAGUGAAAACUAGGGGGAAUGAGUCAUCCAUCAUCCUGACAGGAUUAGAAGGAAAUACCUUAUAUCACUUCACAGUGAGGGCUUACAAUGCAGCUGGAUACGGGCCACCUAGCAGUGAAGUGAGCGCAACCACCAAGAAAUCCCCUCCUAGUCAAGCACCUAGCAACCUCAGGUGGGAGCAGCAAGGCUCUCAGGUUUCUCUGGGCUGGGAACCUGUCAAACCAUUAGCCAAUGAAUCUGAAGUCAUGGGUUACAAGGUUUUUUAUAGGCAAGAGGGUCACAGCAGCAGUGAAGUUAUUGAAACACAGAAACCUCAAGCAGUAGUACCACUCCCUGAUGCUGGAGUCUAUAUCAUUGAAGUCCGAGCACACAGUGAAGGAGGGGAUGGAACAGCUAGUUCCCAAAUCAGGGUACCAUCAUAUUCAGGUGGAAAAAUCACAAGCGCUCAGUCGACCCUCCACACUUUCUGCACACCUUCAUCAUCAGUAACAUUCUUCUUGGCAUUAAUGAUUCCUUCAACCUACUGGUGA